AGCAGCGACGAGACUGACAGUCCUCCUCCAAGUGAUGUAGGGAAAUAACAAACAACCUCCAGGAAGGAAAACCAUAAACCCAGACCAUGUGGACAGCAUGCAGACAACCUCCAGGCAGGAUCCAACCAAUGGGAGCGAGGAGCUGGAUAGAGAGACUCAGAGGGAGAGAACCAGCAGAGUGCUCAUUGAUCUCAACAGUGAAGAGAGGGUGAUGGUGGGCUGCCAGGGUACUGCCUGUGUGCCCGGAGAGCAGGGGACUAGAGUCAAUGGAGGUGAAAAUGAUGAGAACACCAGUCUAGACAGUAGAGAUAGAGAUAUCCAAAGCCAAGAGGUCACAGGCACAGCCACGGAUCAGGCCCUACGUAGGGAUAGUCGUAGGGGUGUAGUGAAUGGAGUGUUGUACACAGCCGGAGAACAGCAGGACUUGGACAGUGUGGAGAAUGUCAAUGGUAGACCCAAUGGUACUGAUGAAGCCAACAGUAGAGAAAUCGGAGAUGAUGUCAGCACUGAGACGAACCCAGCAGUGACUUGGUUAGCCUCCAGGAGCCCCAGCCAGGGGUCCCAGCCAGGAGCCUGUCAGUGCCAGAGGCUUCCUCCAGGUAGAGUUGGCUCAGCUCUACCCUGCAGGGCCUGUAAAUCUCCCUGCCUCUCACUCGCGUGUCGUCUCCCUCAAGCUCCACCGACUCUACCAGACCGCAGAGAGCCCCUCUCACACUUGUAAUCAUGACAGAGAUGUCAGUACAUCUGUGGAUAUUUACCACCAAUUUGUCACUCCAAGUGAUCUUGAAGUAAAUGGGAUUCUGACAGCAGCUGUGCCUGGUCUUACUGCUGGUAGUACAGUUGAG